AUGCCUGCAGAGCGUAAAAAACGUUCAAAACGAGCCGCCGCCGAAUCGUCCACACCGACGACCACCAGGAGCAUUGCCGCGAAAAUGCGACAACCAUAUCCCCUGCCACCCUUUUCCCUCCCUCCUACAAACGAAACGACAAUCGACGUUAGGAUCCUCCCCCUCCCCAUCGUCGGAAAAGGCAUUGGACGUGGACUCACCUGGACGCUGGACAAACGCCCGGCGGAGCAGCUCAGAAAGGGAAUGAGCGUCAGAUUCUGCACUGAUGUCCAGAUGUCCGGUUUAGGACGUCUCUCUGCGAUCGCAGAUCUCCGCAGACACUGGGUCACGUUCCUGGUGUCGGGAGCCGACCAGCCGUGCAACCUGCGCGUGCCGAUCCCAUGGGCGUCCCUCGGGGACCUGGAGGGAUACACCCACCAGCAUCACUACUUCAACCUCGCGAAACUCCCUCCUCCUCACCCCUCCUUCGCACAUCGCCCUGCUUUCCAGAAUGAGGAUGAAAAUCCCUACGAAUUCGACAUAGAAGACGAGGAGAUCCCCUCCCUAUCGAAUAGAAUCGCCAACAUCACCAAUGCGCAGGAGGGUAAAUGA